CAAAUGUUGUAUCCAAUACCGAUCAUUACAGAUGAGUUUUAUACUCUGUUCAUUUCAUAAAAUCCCAUAAUGUGUAUUGAGGUAUUGAGUUGAUUGAUUUUAAGUAAGAAAAACAUAAAAAGUAAUGGCAUGUUAUCAAGGUCCUCUUCCUGGUUUGCCAGAGUUUGAUUAUGGUGAUAUAGUGAAACAGUUCAAAUUAGAAGCAGAAUGUAGAUUACAACAGCAAGAUUUCAUAGGAGCACUAAGAGAUUACAAUCAGGCGUUAGAAUUUGCUUGUAAAAUACCAUAUAGUAAUACCACAGAAGAAAUACCUAAAAUAUUAUGUAACAGGUCCAUGGUUCGUCUGAAAUUAAAGAGAUACGAUGAGGCUUUGAGUGAUGCUAUGUUCAGUAUACGCGAUUUCCCUUACUGGAUAAAGGGUUACUGGAGGGCCAACAAUGUCUUCAAAGAAACGGGACAGAUUGAAAGAGCAGUGGACAUAUUAAACAAUGGAUUAGCAGCAUGUAUAAGCUACUCUGCUACCAAGGAAGAUCAUGUCAUUUUGUUUAUUGAGAUGUUAUCACUUCUCAGCCACGACAAAAGAAACAGCCUUAAUCGAAAUUUACAAAUUCCACUGGAUAAAGCAACAAAGGGGAGGAUAAUGCAGCGACUGAUUUUGAACAAUUCAUGGGAAAAUAUAAGUUAUUUAGUGACAGGUGUGUACCCAGGUAAUAAUAUGGACUUUGCAGGCUAUUUCUCUGAUCUGAACUUCUCAUUUGUCCCUGUGGGGAACCUCCUUAAACAGAUAUCAGUAUCACAGAAAAAAAGUUGGGGAAUACAAUUAGCUAUUGCAUUACUGAGAAAUGGUGCAUCAUACGAACAAAUGGAAUUUGAUGUAGGACAAACUGCCAUACAUAUUGGAGUCCAGGAUGCUUUAGAAACAGGUAGCGUUGACUUCCUAAAGUUCCUUUUUGGAACAUACUUAGACACUUCAUCAAAGAAAGACAUGAUCAAUACAAAUGGAGAUACUGCCAUCCAUGUAGUUAUCAAGACGGGGGAAACAAAUGGUACCUAUGGAGAAACAAUCUUAAGACUUUUGAUAAAUAAUGGCUGUAAAUCCAGUCACAAAGAUAUGUCCGGAAAAUUACCAAUUGAGUACUUAAAACCAACAGAUCAGGGCUAUACACUAUUACAGACAGCCAAUAAUAAUUCAGAUUUGAUAAAUAUAUCAGACCAGAGAUUACCACACAUUCACACACCUCAGCAAAGCAAGAAUACAAUAGAUGAAUCAUGGCUGCCACAUAUGCCAUUGUCUAAGCCUCGUCAUGAUAAAUGCAGAACGUGUGAAGAUGAAUUGGAGAUGAGUAAACAAACUAUAAAUAACAGACCAGCCAAAACAUAUAUUAGUAUGGCUGCAGUUAUUAAAGAAAGAAGUCAUGAUAAGACAAAACAUCAAAAGAUUGUUGACGAGAUGUUGGAAAUGAUUACUGAAUCUAUUGCAAAAACUCUGAAUCCAGAAAUUCCUAAGAGUCUUACGAGAAUUACGUAUAAACAAUACCUUCAAAUUGUAAAUGGGUUAAUAACAGGAGAGAACUGGAAACAGUUAGUUGUAGUGGUAGAUGAGUACAGAAAAUACCAUGGUCAAAUGCAAUUGCCAGAAUAUGCCAAGGAUAUCAAGCUAUCAAGUGUUAUUAAGCAUUCCUCAAUGAAAGGGUCUCAUCAACUUCUUAUCAAUAUUAUAAAGUCAAUGCUUAAAAGUGGUGCUGAAAUGGAGAAUGAGGGCAUGUUAUGCAUACAAGCUGCUGUACAGGAGAGUCAAUUCAAGGUACUGGAGACAUUAUUUAACCAUGGUGCCUGUCCAUCACAUCUGUCUGUGAAUCAGGGAGACACACCCAUCCAUGCUGCAUUAUCUAUAGCAAUAGAAAAGGAUAGAGGAAACUUUUCUGUGUUCAACCUGUUUUUAGAAAUGUUCGAAAAAGACCCAGAAAAAUACAACAUGUUAGAUCCUAAACAACAAGACAUGUAUGGAGACAGUCUGUUUCAUUUGGUUGCCAAAAAGAAGUAUAAUUCAACUGUUCAAAAAGCAACCGAACUUCUUUGUGACAAGAAAAUAUCAUCAAAUGUAAAGAAUAGUGAUGAUAAACUGCCUGUUUAUUAUUUAAAUACAAAGAAUGAUCGAAGACUUCAAUUCUUUAGACUUGCAAAUGAUGAUAGACCAACCAAAAAUGUGUCCGGAAAAUCUGGCAAAAUGAAUAAGGCCAAAAAAUCACAAACGGAAGAAUUCAUGAAGACUAAACUCGAAGGAGAAGAUCUUCUUCUAUAUGAUAGAAGAGACACCAGUCCUUCAGUUGUGGUAAAAUCUGUGGUAAAACAACCGUUAGGAAAAGAAGCUGUAAGGAAAAGAAUAGAGGAGCUGCUACAUAAUCUAAAUGAUGCAGGUUAUAGUAAAUACUCCAGCAGAAGUGAUGAUGUUGACAAUUUGAGUAAAAAGUCAAAGAAAGAGAAAGUCAAAUCUAAGAUUGAAAACUCAAUGGUACCUGAUCCGGAACCCUAUCUUGUAAAACCAAUAGUAACAGAAGAACCAAAACUAUUACAGCAAGGAGAUGAAGAAAUAUUUGAUGACGAAGAAGACAGUGAAGAAGAGCAAUUCCAGUUUGAUCUACAAGUAUUUGAAAAUUUAGAAUGGGAAGUUGUAUGUACUGCUGAAGUAUGGAAAGCCAUGAGCAACAAACAUGUUCUUCCAGAAAUAAAACAAAGGAUUGUAUGUAAGAUUCAGCAUCUGGCAGCUGGAGAGUGGACUCCAAAUCUGUGUAAAAAGCUCCACCAUGUGCCUGAUACGUUAAGGUUGUUUGAAGCCAAGAUCACAAAGGCUAGUAGAAUUAUAUGGGAACUAGCUAUAGCCUUUUCACCAAGAUUGAGCUACUCAGCAGAAAGAAUUCUUGAAUUCAAUGAAGAACAGUUGUCAGAUCUUCCAGUUAAAGGUGGAAAAAUUUACUCCGAAAUCAUAAGAGUUUGGGAUAUAGUUUUUGAUCAUGAUAAAAUAUACAGUUCCGUUCAAAGAAUUGCAAAAUCUCAUAACAGAGGUGAGUCUUGUAUCAUACAAAAAAAGAUAAAGGGCAUUAAACAUGAGAAGUAUUCGAAUGAAUUGAAAAAAGUUCCUAGGAUUUAUGCUGAAACAGACAUUGAAAGUAGUAUCUUGGAGGAAAUAAAGCCUUUCUUCCCUCCAGCAAGUGCCAACGAGACAGAAUAUCAUAUUCUUAAGUUUUAUUCUUUCUCUUCCAAUCUUGUGUCACACAUUUUACAGAACAUAGAAGUAAAGGUGGACUUUCCAUUUCGUGUAACAGAAUUAGAACACGCCAUCAUAAACAUCCAGUCCGAUGCACCAAUUCUUUUAAUUGGGCGCAGUGGUACAGGCAAGACAACAUGUUGUCUAUAUAGACUAUGGAGUAGGUUUUUGCAAUAUUGGACUAAAGCUGUUGAAGCUGAUGCUCCAUUACUACCUAGAGUUAUGAUUUAUAAACAACAGGGGAAAAUGCAAGAAGGGGAGAUGAACACUGAAGAUGCUGAUGACUUGGAGUAUGAGGUAGAAAAUGUAUCUUGUGCAAGAAAGAUACCUGAAGGUUGUCAUGAUGAACCUACUGCAUCCGAAAACGAAAACGAGACUGGUGAGCAUGGUGAGGCAGAGGUUGAAGAGGGACAACAGUAUGAUCAUUUACAUCAAAUCUUUAUCACUAAGAAUGCAGUAUUAUGUAAUGAAGUUCAAAAAAACUUCAGAGAACUGUUGCAUGGCUGUGAUCAAACUAAACAACACGUAGAAGCUGAACAUCAAAAUUUGCCUAAUCGUCUUCAAGAUUUGAAUGAUUACCAAUUUCCUCUGUUCAUAACAUCUAAACAGCUACUGUUAAUGUUAGAUGCAUCUGUAGACCAGUUUUACUUCUUUAAUCGAACAGAAAAUGGAAAUUUGAAGGUUGAUAUUCAGGGAUGGACAGAUGGAGAUGGACCUCUUAGUAUUCUUCCACUUCUUCAAGAAGAUUCUGAUGAAGAAAGUGACAGUGAUGAAGAAAUAGAAGACUUAUUGGAAGGAAAUCAAGACAAUCAAAACCAAGGUCAUCAAAACAAGAAAAAAGUUGCUCCUCGAAGAGAAAUGACAUAUGAAUUGUUUGCCGAAACAGUAUGGCCUCAUAUGAAUAAAGGUGUUGGAAAGAAAUAUCAUCCUUCACUUGUCUGGACGGAAAUAAUGUCAUUUAUAAAAGGAUCAUAUGAGGCUUUAUCCAAGGCAACUGGUUACCUUACGAAAGAAGAAUAUGUUGACAUUGGAAGAAAAAGAGCGCCUAAUUUUUCUGGAGAAAGAGAACAUAUUUACACUUUGUUUAAACGAUAUGAACAUGUGAGAAGACAGAAAUUUUUGUUUGACGAGACCGAUCUUGUUCGGGAUGUGUAUCAGCGUUUAUGUAAACAACAGAAUAUGAACUGGGUGAUUCAUCAGAUAUUUGUUGAUGAAACUCAAGAUUUCACUCAGGCUGAGCUUUGUUUACUUCUGAGAUUGUGUCAGAAUCCCAACGAUAUGUUUCUGACUGGAGAUACAGCUCAGGGCAUAAUGAGAGGAAUAUCUUUCAGAUUCAGUGAUCUCAAAUCUCUCUUCUUCUAUGCCAGUCAUUCAUUACAGGCCAUGGGCAAAACAUCUGGUAUAGCGAUUCCUGAGCAAGUGUACCAGCUCACACACAAUUACCGUUCACAUGAAGGAAUUCUCUCUCUUGCUUCGUGUAUCAUUGAUAUUCUGGUUGAAUUCUUCCCAGAAUCCUUUGACAGACUGAACAAAGAUCAAGGACUCUUUCAUGGACCAAAACCAGUAUUGUUAGAGUCGUGUAGCUUCAGUGACUUGGCUCUGUUACUCAGAGGAAACAAACGUAAGACCUCUCACAUCGAGUUUGGAGCUCAUCAAGCCAUCUUGGUUGUAAAUGAUGCAGCAAGAGAGAAUGUUCCAGAAGAACUGCAGUGUGGUCUUAUAUUGACAAUAUAUGAAGCCAAAGGUCUGGAAUUUGAUGAUAUUUUGCUCUACAAUUUUUUCAGGGAUUCACAGGCUACAAAAGAAUGGAGAGUAAUAACAGAUUUCUUGGAGAAACUAUGUAGCAGUGAUAAAACUUCCUCAGAAAAUUUGGUCAAGAUUAGCUCAGAAAUUUUGGAACAGAAAGACAGACCCAGAGCAUUAACCUUUGAUCCUAACCAACAUAAACUGUUGAACUCUGAAUUAAAGCAUCUGUACACUGCAGUAACAAGAGCUAGGGUGAAUGUAUGGAUCUUUGAUGAAGAUAAAGAAAAAAGAGCACCAAUGUUUGAGUAUUUCAAAGCGCAACAUUUGGUCAAAGUCAUCAGUAUUGAAGAUGCACAGAAUUUAUCCACUAGUGGAAUGUUUGCCGAGGAAUCUGCUCCAGAGGACUGGAUAAAAAGAGCCCAAGACUUCAUGAAGAAUAAUUUGUAUGAAGUAGCUGCUAAGAGUUAUCGACAAGGAGGAGAUUACUAUAUGGCAAAUGUUGCUAUGUGUCAUCAGAUGGCACUGAAAUCUUCGAGAAUUAAGGACAAUUCUGCUCUGAUGAGGGAGGAGUUCUUGUUGGCUGCUGAACAAUAUCUGGAAGUUGAGCUUCCUGCAAAAGCUGCGAUUUGUUUACAGAAUGCUAGAGAGAAGGAGCUUAUGGCUUAUGUGUACGAAAAAAUGGGACAAUUGGACAAAGCUGCAGAAACUUACAGAAAAUUAAAACGCCCAAUAGAGAGUAGUGCCUGUUAUGAGCGAUUGGGAUUCUUUGACAAGGCAAUAUCUACAUUGUAUGACCAUAAAUUAUUUGACAUGGCAAAUGACAUAUUGAAAAGAUACAAGUUACAGAUAAAGGAAUUUGAAGAGACAGGCAAGUCUGUUCCUCAACAUCUCAUUGAUCAUGCACCAGUAAAAAAACACACAGAAGAACAGCUUGCCUUUGCAGCAGCAGACAUGUAUCAUUCAACAAACAAUAUUGGCAGAAUGUUGGCAUCUUUAAACAGAUUACCAAAUAUUGACCACAGAAUAAAUUUCCUGAUGAACCUUCACACUACAAAGAAUAAUUACAUGUCACAUGCUGCAGAGAUUUUAAUGCAUAAUGGUUGUAUAAAAGAAGCCGCUGAAUUAUACUUAAAACAAGGACAAAUCAGGAAAGCAUUAUUCCUUUUCAGAGACAUUGAAGAGAAAGAUUUUGUUGGCUACUGUCAAAUCACGAUUGCCACUGUAGAAUGUACUAUCAAUACGGAUGGAAGUGGAACCUCUGAAAAACUUGAUCAAGUAAAACAAGAUUUACAAUCGGCUAUUGACCUGUAUCAUAAUCUCACCGGAAGUACAUGUUACAAGUUUGAUAACCCCAAGCAUGGAGCCGGAGAGGCAGAACUCUUAUUAGGACAGUUAACAGAUGAUACUAAGCGAAUUACAACUGCAUUUGCAAACUUUACAUUCAAGCAGCGGAAGCAAUAUAAAGCUGGACAAUUAGAAUGUUCAAACUGGAUGGUUAAUCAUUCAGAUUUAUCUAACCGAGAAAAUCUAUAUAGGGUCAUCAAUGCAAUGCCAGAUUUAUUUGAAGUGUUGAGAAUUAUCCUUACUGCUGAAACAUUAUUAGACAAGGAAUAUUUGAAACAGAUUUUCAUGUUUUAUGGAUUAGAAACAAUUUCAGGCACAAACUUAGUACUCAACCCACAGCAUAAGCCAAGAAUAUUGAAACUAGUUAUAGGAAGAUAUGUUUCAGAAAACGAUCUGAGGACUGCCAAAGCAGAAAUCAAAACCCAAGAUGCUACACUUGUAAUUGCUGAACAUUUGAUAAGGCGAGCCAAAGAAUGGUUUAAGAUAAUAGAAGGGGAAAUUUAUAAACAGCACAGAAAGUUCGCGCAGUGUCCUUUGUACACGGCAGGGUUGAGAAAGAACACGGAAAGUGACUGCUGUGAUGGUUUGCAUAAGAAGAUUACCGUGAAUGAAUUCAGGGAAUUGAUAGAACUUGAUCAAUUGUUUAUGGAAAUGGAGUAUUAUGUUGAUGAAGGGAUUGCAAAUUUGUUAAAAAAAAAUAUACGAAGUGAAAUAAAAAGCCUUUUUGGUGAAUUUAUCAAUAACAAAUAUUGUUCAUGUAAAUUGUUGGUAGGGGACUUAUUUCAACAUUUUAGACACGGCUCAGGUAUCUCUGACACAAUUAACCAAGCUAUGGAUUUGCAAACAACUUUAACCGAAUAUUCAAAUGUUCAGAUGUGUAUGAAGAGAUACUUUGACCAUGAAUAUGAGUUCAUGAAAGAAAAGAAAAAUCUAAAGAGAGAAAGAAAUACAGAGUUGUUUAUGGAAAUGGGAUUUCUGUUGAAGCUUAUGAAACUUCCUAUUCUCAUAUCAACAUUAGUCUUCAAUUUUCAAAAAGAUGUACAAGAAGAAUUAAAUGAGAGGGGACUGCAGGUUUCAAGUGUGAAUGAUAUAGGAUUCUUAAUAAAUGACGGAGGAACAGUAUACUGCAUUGUUAGUCAAUUCUUGCAUGCUUAUAGAGAAAUGUUUUCCUCACGCAAUAAUUCCAGGGAGGCUUUGAUUUUGUUUGCAAAAUUCAUACAACAAGUAAGACAUUCAAACUCUGAACUUAUCCUUCCAGAUCUUACCCUUUUACUUACGUGGACAGAAUUUUUCACAACGACUUCGUUAUGUAUGGAAAGUAAAUUCUCUUUAAAUCCUGAUUCAUGGUUUGUUGUACCGUCAUCAUACAUAACAUUAGUCUAUUUUAUUGAUUCAAGUUACAUGAAAGAAAAUGGGAUUACAACAUUCGAAUCAAUAACACGUCAAAAGUAUGCACCAGAACCAGAUAAAAUUCGAAACAGAAUAGAAAGGUUUGUUGGAAUGUUAGCAGGCACCGAUAACAGGUUGAAUGUAAUCAGAAAGGUCUUCCAAAACCUUUCAGAAGCAAUGAAGGAAGUACAGACUGGUGAUGAUCAGAAGGAAGAAGAAAUCAUUGGUGUCCAGUAUACUGCAAAUGCUAUUAAUGCUAUAGGUAUUGCUGAAAGAGUCCUUGUUUUAAGUUUGAUAUUGUUAGCCAAUAUGGGAAUGACAGUUUACUCAAAAUCAGAAACCUACGUUAUCAGAGAACUCUGCAGAAUUGAACUGCCUUUACAUAGUCCUAAAAGGCUUUUAAGAGCAUUAGAAAAGAUUAAAUGUUCAAGUAGUGUUUUAGAUAUUGUUCAUUGCCUAAAAAUCCUUAUUCAUGAACGAGAUGACGAUCUUCUAUUAUGUCGAUGGGAUCAAAAUCAGAACAGAAGAUAUGGGAUAGUCUCAGAACCACUGCAGGAAUUUACCAUGUUUAGUUCCACUUUUAGUUCACCUGAAACUAAACUUGUAGUAGAUAAUCCUCAAAUAGUUCUAGCUCAACAGAAAACAGUUGUGGAAGAGGACAUUCAUAUGGUAGAAGAGCAAAGUACAGACGUAGAGGCAGUUAGAAUACAGUUAGAAGAUGAAAACAAAAGAAACAAAGCUGCUGUCGUUAUUGCAAAAUGUUUUCGAAUUUUUUUGCUCAUUAGAAAAUGCAAAAUCUUGAGCGAUCUUUGUGAAAAAUAUCAGAGGAAGGAACAAUUGAAAGAUGAAAUGGGAAUUUUUGCAGAUAUUGUAGUAGAUGAUAAAAUGUGUGGAAUAUGUGGGGAAGUUUUUCAAGAUGUACAAAAAGAGUCCUCUAAACAUGCAAGUUAUGCCGAGGUCACACGCAAAUAUAUUGAUAAUUCCUCCAGACAACCAACUUCUCCUCUAGAGGCAGGGUCUCUCCAUUUAAUUAAAGGCAUGGAUGGUCAUCAGUCAGAGAUUUUUGAUGCAAAUGCUUUAAAAGAAGUCACUGAACUCUCACAAAAACAGAGUCACAUGACACUUUAUUCUCACUGCCAGAAACAAAAACAAUUUAGUUUUUUCAAAGAACAGUAUGUCAUAGAAAUAAAAGAAGAUCUUCAUGUCGUAAAUAUGUUUAUUGAAAAAUAUGAAUUACGUUCAACAGCAGCAAAAACCUGGUAUAAAGAUUUUACGUUAAAAGUGACAAAUUUACUUUUUUCUCACGAGGAGUUAGAGAAUAUCAUAAGGAAAAUAAUGGAGACGAAGGAUUGGGGUAACACUACAGUGCUUCAAAAAUCCAAAGAAAUCAUUGGUAGCAUGAAAGAGAUAUCUCAAUGGGUAUCUGAAAUUUACAGUAAACAAUCAAAGGUAUCAGCUAAGCAAGGUAAGCUUUCUAAGACUAAUGACCAUGAUGAUUAUGAUGAGGAUGUUGAAGAUGACGUGGUGCCAGUUGUUGAAGAGCCAUUUAUUAGAAGAGAUGAGAAGAGCAAAAGAAAGAGAAAGAAAAAUGGAAAACAUAACUAAUAACAUUACCCUGUGCUUUUUUCCAAAUCAUGGCAUGAUAGCAUUGAAGGCAAAUACCAUUUAUUGACACUACUCGGUGUCUGUUGUACAUCCAUCUGCCUUGUCAAUCACUUGGAAAUUAUUCAAAAAGCAUCUUCCCUGAUACUACUGUGAUAUAUGUAAACAAAUGUGGCUAUAAUCAAAUAUUGCUCCUGCUAACCAUUUAAAACUAUUUCAUUUGACAAAUAUUUACUCCCAUCUGUUCACUUAAAUACCGAACUCAAAGCAUAUAUUUACAUUUAGAUAUUAAUCUGGUUAAAAAAGAAGAGGAAGAUACCAUUGGGCUAAAAGUCGAACACAAUUUUAUUGAUUUAUUUAUGAAAGAAAACAAAACUGUAUAGGAGUUGAUUGCACUAAACUUAGAAAUAACUUAUUUCAUUAGUAAUAGAUUGAAUUAUUUUUCUCCUCUAUUCCAAUGGGGUUCUUAAUAAAUUAAUGCACAUUAUUAUAUCAAGUCCUAUCUUGUACGUUACAUAUUCAGACAAUGGAUGUGGCUAUCUAUUACAACCCAUCCCCCACCCCCUAAAUGAGAUUUAAACAAUUGGGUGUCGAAACAUCAAGAGUGGCUAUGCUAAAAUUAUGUAAAGGUAAUAGGUGAUGAAUACAGGCUUUUUGUAGCCUAUAUCUGAUGGUGAGAAAACAGCUAAGUUAUCUCUGUCAUAUUGUUAUUUAUGUAUGUAAUUUAUAGCACAGAAUCUGGUUGGUUUUUAUUUUAAGUUAAUGGUAAACUGCUCAAAGCAUGGAAGACUUCACAUUAGUCUUAUAAAAUUAUUAAUUCGUUUAUUCUUCAUUACAAUGUAUUGUGGAUUCCUUAUUAUCGCGAUAUACAAAUUUUCGUGGUUUCCCUGGGUAUACGUAAACAGCGAAUUUUGAUUGUAAACGAAAUAUGAAUUUUAAAUUGGCUUCUAUACAGACUUGUAUAAAUCAUUUGUUAUUGUCAUAUGCAUCCUUGCUUGAAACAAUAGGCAAAAAUGCAUAACUCUAAAACUUUUUGAAAAUGGUACAUCUGAAGUGCUUUCCAUUAUAUACCUAUAUCAGGAACUCUCAAACCAAAAACAAAAAACAUAUAAUAAGUAUGUGUAAAUACCUCUAUCUAUAAGGCCCCAUACAAUGUAUGCAUGUCUUCUCUGAUUAUAUUAUAAUUUUAAGGUAUUUGUAUAUUUGAAUACAGGACAAACAUUUGUACAAUACUGAAAUAAAAAAAAAGUUAAAAAGAACACUUUACUUCUUUGAAAAUUCUUCGUUCCAUCCGCAUCAAAAUCUUUAAUUACAAAUUUUAAGUAAAAGGAAAUUAAAAAAGAACUACUAAAAAUAUGGAUUAGAGGCAACAAUGUUUUUCCUAAUGUUCAAAUCUCAUAAAUCAAUUAAGAAAAUACAAAUCAAGGGAAAAUACUCAGGAGAGUCCAAAAUAUAAAUACCGUGUUACAAAAUUGAAAUAUUAAAAAAUGCAUCAAAAAGGGAAAAAGGUCGAUCCUCACACAACAAAAUAAUAAAUACAAUUUUAUAAAAAGAUUAGAGGACAUACACUAUGCCACCUUACAACCAUUCAUCUUCAAUUUCAUAUAAAAUUAUUUUUUUAUCGAAAUGAAUAAGCAACCAUUAGUGGAAUAAGAAAAUUGUUUGUCAGUAUUUGAACAUGGAAAUGUUCCAAAGCAAAUUACAAGCAAAUUUUUAAAAUAAUUAUAGUUUCAAGUCCCUUUAUCUACUAGACCUUGAUUUUAUACAGGAACUUCAAAAGAUAAACCUUUUUGAACGUAUUCUUAUUUGAUAAAAUAUACAAUAAAAAAUUUAAAACUGACAAUAUGAUUUGAAAACAUAUUUUUCAGGAACAUAUAUAUUGUCAGAUAUCCUGUUCCCAGGAUAAUAAAAUUGAGAAUGGAAAUGGGGAAUGUGUCAAAAAGACAACAACCCGACCAAAGCAGAAAACAGCCGAAGUCCACCAAUGGGUCUUCAACACAGCGAGAAAAUCCUGCACCCGGAGGCGGGCUUCAGCUGACCCCUAAGCAAAAAAAAAAAUUAAAUAUUAAUAUUAUAUCAAAUCUUAAUAAAUUAAGUUGUAAUUCACAGGAAUUUGUCCUGCUGACAAUUGACAUGAUUGAUACGUAUUAAUUCCCCCCCCCCCCAAAAAAAAAAAAAAACUUGCUUAUGAUUUCUGCAACUGUAUGCAUUUAGUGCUUUGUAAAGUUGUGUUCUUUUCAAAAGAUUGGAACUAUUCUAAUUCUUUCCUAAUGAUCCGACUUCACCAAACAGGAUGUUCCCAGGAUAGCUACUUCAUCGAUAAACUCUCAAAUAUAGUUCCCAAUAAUUCUAUUUUCUGUGUACAUAUACAUUGUACACAAACGCACUGAAAAAAUUCAGUAUUAUUGUCUUCUGAUGUCCCUCUGGUUUCUUGUAAAAUCUCAUUAUUUUAAGUGAAAUUUUAUUUCAUGUUUAAAAAUGUGGCGUAUGACAGUCAGCUUAGUAUUUACUUAAAGUUAUGUCUGUCUUUAAUAUAAUUGUUUUAAAAAGUCAGUAUGAUACAUAGUGUAGCAAAACAGAUGAGUGAAAAGUACAUGUAUUAGUAAUGUAUGAGAGAAACACAGAGAGAUAUUAAUCAAAUACAAUUUAUAUGUAACCUUAAAUACUUUUAUUGUAAAAAUCAAUUAGUCAGGGAUACAUAUUGCAUACUGCAUUAUUUUCUAUAUUUAACCCCUUGAUACCCUUGUCAGGUGAUAGUGUAUGGGGGUAUGUAAAAUCCUGACUACUGAAAAACAAAUAAAAGAUAAUCAAAAAUAUUUCCUUUUCCAAAUGUCCUCUCCAAGCUGGCCAUUCAGAAUAAUUUUUGAAGUGUUAUGAAUAGCUUUGUAAAAUUGAAUUUGAUAUGAAAUUCAAUAAAAUAUGCAGUAUAAAAAAAAUUCUAAAGUAAAUUCCCAGUAAAGUGCUUUGUUAUCCUCUUUUAUGUCUGGUAAUAACGAGUGUAAUAUGUUAAAAAACGACCCAAAAUAAUCAAAUAUUAUGAAUUUUAUAUCCUGAAUAUUUUUAAUCAUAUUUUGAAAUACUUCUGAAAUAUUUAGUGUAAUGUUGUCUAUUUAUAUAUGUGUUAGCGGCAAUACAUUAAGUUUAAAUCCUAGGCAAUAAACUAACGCCUAGGCAGUAAGUCUAUUGCCUAAAUAAUGUUAGGAAUUUCACUUAAAUCCUGAAAAUUAUGUCCAGGCAUUAAUGUUAAUGCCUAAAAUGAAAAUGAGAGUAAAUAAAAAGUUAAAAUAUCUUUUGUACAUAAUAGAAUAAUAAGAACUGAAGUUUGAAUGUCAAUUACAUGAAAUAAAAUUAUAAGUAAAAUAUGGAUGUUGAAACUCAUUGAAUAAACCUCUUAAAAAUACGUAAAACUUGUUGGAUAGUUGUUUCAAUGGCAAUCGUACUUCAACUACUUAUUUAUAUAUUGAUAGAAAAUUGUAUUGAAAUUUAUUUGUUACAAAUUGGUGCGGAGUUAUGGCGCAGACUAUUUCACAGUUUUCCCUUUUUUCUAGCAUUUGAACCUGGUUAUCGUCCAGUACCUUUGUGUUGAGCCGUAUAUCGUUUGUAUAUAGACAAAUUUGAUUCCAUAUGACCACUGUUAAUUCGUUGUUCCUCAUCCAUGCAGCAAGCAUGUCAUGAAUAUUCCGUUUGACCCCUCAAUUCAACCCUGUGAUUGGAGAUGUAUUGGCUUCCCGUGAACAGUAACUAGUUCUGGCCACAUUUGCAUUAAUUUAGAAAUAACCUUAGCUUUAAAUCCACGACCUUUGUCACUUUGUUGUUUAUGUUGCACACCAAAUAUUGUGAAAACACCAACUAAGUUAGAAGUUCACCUUUGAAGCAUUUUUUGACGUAAGAGCUCUAGUAAUAUAAUUAUUGUUUAGGUGAUCUUUGGUACACCAUAAGAAAACAUAGUUUCCAUCUUUGAUUGGAAAUCGAUUAAAUCAACUGGUCCUCUUCUGCAAAACUCUUUGGAUAAAACGUGUUUAACUACUAUGCACAUUUUAUCAUGCUACAAUUUAAAAAAAAUGGAAGAAAUAUUACAAUGGAAUCAUGGAAUCAUGGAAAAUGUUUGCAAAGCCAUAAUAGGUUGUUUAAUUCUACGGUCUAUAAUAAUAAUAGGCUGCUUUGAGAUAUUUCUUUUUAUGUUUUUCCCAAAAUACCAUACAGUUCCUCUAGAAUAAAAUAAACUUUGAAAUUUCCCUCAUCAUUCUCUUUUACUUUAGUUACCAGUCUUUCAAACCUCCAAUGGUAAAACAUUGUCAUACCAUUUUAAAUUUUUAUAGUCUAUAGUUGCCUUUUUUCUAAUUUUGAAAGUUUAAUCUUUGCCAAAUAAUCAUUGUACUUUUGCCUUGGGUAUAUGACCUUUGUUUUCCCUGAUUCAAAUUUAUAUUCCGCAAAGAUUCAAGAAAUUUGUUGUUGCUUAAAUGCUAAUAAUCCAGAUUAAGAAGUGAAAAGACAAGAUUGGUUUACAAGUAAAUUUACAUAAUGCAAUAAAACAGAUGAAAAGAUGAUGUGACUUGCAAAAUUUCAUAUCUUAAGUUGUCUAUUUUUGACCAGCUCAAACCGGCUCGACCAUUAAAGAGCAUAACACAAAGAAAUACGAGUAAGUUCUGUUUUGAAUGCGAAAAAAUUGUAGAUCUUUAAAAUCAGUUUAUAUUAAUUUUGGAAUAUAAUUUUUUAAAUGUUAUUCAUCAAGAAUAUUUCACCGAAUAACAUGUAUUUGGGAGAUAAACAAAAAUCCUAAAAUUAACUUAUUGCCUGAAAUGAGGUUUGGCAAUAGGUUGAAUAAUCAUCAUCAAAUUUCAGGAAAUAAGCUUAAUGCCUGGAAAUUUCAGGCAAUAAGCUUAAUGCCUAUGCGUUAGCUUAUUGCCUAGGAUUUAAGCUUAAUGCCUUAUUUCACUUAUUGCCGCUAACAUAUACAUCAUUCCGUCAGAAGAGUAUUACUAUUGUAGAAUAAAGGAUGAAGGGAAAAA